UAUAGCCUGCUUUUCCCCAAAUCUCGAUGGUUAUUCAGUCAUGCUGAAAUCGGUCUGCUUGAUAUCAGCUUCAGUGUCGUCAUAGUAAGAUCCGCUGAGCCAUGUAAGAUGCCAGAUGUUUCUAUGCUCGCCUUUUGGUUGACAACGUGCAGCCGAAGGGCUCAUUAGCAAUCAAUUCGAGUGAAUUAUCCAUCAUCCUUCUUGUCAUUUGUGCGAGCUAUUGGAUCUCACAAUGGCCAGAGAUCUUGAGGAGAUCCCAUAUGGAUAGUAUCAUCUGGCCACUGGGGUAAUUAUCUCCAUUUCCUAGGAAAUACGGAGUAAGUCUUAGGUGAGAUGACUCUGCAUAGCCACAAAGUGUUGGGUUGUGGCAGCGAAUGUGGCAGUGGUUGUGUCCCCAACUGUGUCAAGUCAAAUUCUGCCUUGUCAAGCCCAGGGCAGCCCUACCCGUUAUGAGUCCAGUCCUACACUCCACACACGCCAAAAGCUCCCUCCCAAGCCAACAAUCGUAAGCGCAGAGUAGGACGGUCAGGGCAGUCCCAGCGCCAAUGCCAGUGCUCAGUGGCAUUCGCUUCGUACCGUCUCGUCCCGCCCGUUCCCGCUUCUUUCUAUCCUUUCUUGAAUGAAUUAAUCGCCCUCGUUCCCCCGUUGUUGGAUCAUCCCCUCAGCCUUCAGGCAGCGAAUAACUAAACGGCUGUAUGACUCGACCCCGAUUCAGUCUUGUUCCUCGUGGAUUUUGAGACGAGACUAUACGCUAUCAGCAGGCCUGUCCUGAACCUGUCCUGACCUUGGCUGAAAGCUGUCUUUUCAACCCUCCCAGGACACCCAUCGUGUCCUGUCCUUCUGAUGUGCCCUGUUCAGCCUCUUAAAACAGGGCUCGUUGAAUGUCAAAUCUGCUGCUGGUUUUGGCUUUUGUUUCUAUUCCUGCAUCUCCUACAUUACAUUCCCAUCCUAUCCGUACAAGCUAAGGUGUUAUUGCUGCAUCUAAUAAUACCUAGCCACAACCCACUCUUCCCCAGCUUCUAUUAAACCCUUCCACUACCACUCUCUCCCCGCCUCGGUUCGCCUUGUGUCGUACUGUACUUACAUUCUUGGAGUGCAUCGCCUCGCAAGCGCAGCAUAGAGUAGCCUGCCUGGAAUUAAUCACAGUCAGCCCCUCAUAUUACUCAUACAUUCAUAUUCAUUCACAACUACAUUACACUUUUCAGCCUGGCGCAACGUCAAUCGUAUCUCGCUACGCAACGCAUCACCGUACGGAUUGCUUUUCUACGUGGCAAUCACACAAACUCUAUCGAUUACUAUAGACAUUCUGUUCAGCCUGCCAUCCAUUCGUUUGCGUUUGGUUGGUUGGCUAGCAUCUGAGGUAAACUCUUGCCUGGUUCUUCUGCCUGGUCCACCCACCGCUUUACGCCUUGGUUGCUUACCAACUUCACCUAUGAAGCAGAGAUAGCCAAACUUAUGGCAGAACCUAGGCUCGGGCUCUCUGAGGUUGUCUCAGAAGAGCGCACCGAGCCAUUUUCUCAAUCCGAAAUUGACGCCCGCUUCAAGGGGAUUGGUGUUGAAGAACCAGUCCCUACUGCUAGCUCUUCGCUUGUCUCGUUAGACGAGCUCCACGUCGAGGAUCACCACCACAGGCAAGGCAUCCGCAUUCUAUUUCGUCCCCUAGCCAACUUCCCCAAGUCGCGGUCUGUGAGCCCUGGUAGUGAAAGUUUACAGUGGCUCGCUCUCCGCGCCGAAGUGGCUUCACCAGAGCAGCCUGAGCACAAAGUUCUCGCUGUGACUCAGACCUCCAAAGAUAUCAAAUUCACCGUCCGUAUCCCCGGUGAGACUCAGGAUGACUAUCCAAGGCCCCCUUUGUGGUGCGAGCUAUACUACGAUCCCGCUAGUGACAAAGUCAUCUUCUUGAACCGGUCAGACCUGCCAAUUUCUCUGUCAGGAGUGUCACCGACGCCGCCGUCAAGCCCUUACAGUCCCUCGCAUGUCGUCAACCCCGGAUCAGCCAAGGCUCUGAGGCCUGGAACAUGGCGCAUUACGCUUCGAGACAUGGAAGUCCUCGACUUCCGAGUACUUGAAAAGCGCCCAGUGAUACUGUAUCAACCACAGCAACCGUCUAUUGUCGAGGAUGUUCCCUCGGAGUCCAGCACCCCCACCGUGAACUCGAGCGGCAAGCGGGCCCUUUCUCCGGAGUAUGACGAGAAGAGAGUGAAACGUCGUGUCUCAGACCCGAAUACACCCGGUGACGACGGUGUUGUUAUGUUCCUCAGGCCUUCCGCGGAUCCCUUGGUUUUCUCCCUCCCAAAUGGUCGCGAGAGCAAGGAGCUCUCCUCGGUGAAUGGCCAUCCUCUGCUGGACGCUGAAAAGGGUGAAACUGCUGCAAUCUCAGGUGUCUGCGAAGUCGAUGAGUACGAACUCACCAAGCGAGAGCCAAUUGCCUCGACUUCCUUGUCUGCCGUGUACACAGCAACACACUCCCACGUACCGAACAACAUCGUUACUGUCAAGGUACUCAAGACGCGCGUUGCCAACCCCAACGACAAGGCGCUCGUCCACGAGCGGACUGUCAUCCGUCAGGCCGACAUGUGGCUUCGUGAGUGUAGGGGUCAGGAAGACCUGCAGCACAAGUCAAUUGUUCGUUACUAUGGUGGUGAUGCUCGAUUCCUUUCCCUAUACAUGGAGCACAUCGACGCAAAGGACCUGACUUCCAUGCCUCGAUGGAGGAAUAAUACCAACGAUGAGUUCAUUGGCGACAGAAACGAUGCUGCCAGGAUCUUGGGAGACAUCGCCGGCGCCCUCAACUACAUCCACGGUCGCAAGCUGGUGCACAACGAUAUCAAGCCCGCCAACAUCCUCUACUCGCCAGAGAGAGGUGCGGUCCUUUGUGACUUUGGUCUCUCUACACCGGCCACUGCUACUAAUUCGCCGACCGUUGGCGGAACACCGUACUACGUUCCUCCGGAAUUCAUUGGUCGAAAACAACGCGGUCCUGCUUCUGACGUUUGGGCACUCGGUGUCACUAUGCUCUACGUGUUGCGCAAAAUAACGUACCCUGACUCUCGUGCUCAUCGACGACACCCGCGACCCCUUUAUUGGUUGAUCGCUGGGGUGAACAGUCCCAACAUGCCGCACAAGCAGUAUGGAAAUGGUCAACCCGCUAUGAAGCAGAUGCGAGAUUGGCUUGCCGAGAUCUUCGAUGCGAGAAAGAGUCUGAAUCCCAAGGACCGACUCGAGCGGAUCGUUAUGGAGAUGCUAUACCCUAACCCCAACCAACGUAUCACUAUGGCCAAAGUGGUACAAGAGUUGAGUGUAGAACAGGCUGCUGCUCCUACGGGAUGAAGGCCGUAUAAGGAGUCGCAACUGUUAUCAACCAUAUGUGAGAGGAUCUCACAAGAAUAAUCAACUGGUCAUUAUCUGUCUUUUGUUUUCUGAUUUCAGGACUGGAGUUUGGUGUUUCAGCGUUACAUGCUGAAUUUAUAUGAGUGCGAUGAUUGGAUAUACCCAGUUAUUAUUCUUUACGUUUUAAUGUAACUCUUGUUUCUAUAUAUUAUACCAUCUGCAUGUUCAUUUUCCUUUUCUUCAAUCAUGCAAGUCAUCAUAUACGGGUCUGGAAGCAUCUUUAGGGUUCCAGUGGAUCAACAAUAAAAGGCUCCCAGCAGCCAGCCUAUACUGCAGGUUGGCAACGUCAAUGGAAUAUUUUGUUCCGCGCAUAAACAAUCAUAAUUUUUGGAAGGCCGUG